AUGCCAAAUAAAUUUGUAUAAUAAAAUUAAGGCAAUAUAUUUGGAAAUUAACCAACUUUUUAUUAGUAUCUAAAUCCUUAGUAAUAAUAAUAAUAGUAAUAAUAGUAAUAAUAGUAAUAAUAGUAAUAAUAGUAAUAAUAGUAAUAAUAGUAAUAAUAGUAAUAAUAGUAAUAAUAAUAAUAAUAAUAGUAGUUAUAAUAUUAAUAAUAGUAAUAAUAAUAGUAAUAAUAAUAAAAAAAAAAUAUAAGAAAAUGA